GCAGAAACUAUUUUUCAUUUGCUCUUUUCAAUCGAAUGUCCUCUCGAUGUUCUUGUCUUGCCUUGUGCAAAGUACUCUGAUCGGAGUCGCACAUGCCACGAUCAGAAAAGAGUGACAGCGAGUACAGUGGAUACACCGAGUACUCUGACGACGAGACCGUCCGGUGGAAGGACUGGACGUGGGAUGAUUGGGACAAGUCAAGCAACACGUGGGAUGAUUGGAAGAAGUCAAGCCACACCUGGGACUCCUGGGACAAGUCAUACGAUAAGUGGGCUUCUUGGGACAAGUCAAGCAACACAUGGGACAGUUGGGUACAGCCAGGUGACACAGCUGACGCUGACCCUUUGGACAUCGAGGACUCUUGGGAGUCGAACCCUUGGGAGUUGAAGCCGGCUGAAUCACCAGCUGAGUUAGCUGUCAAGGAAGCCGACACUGACCUGCAGCUGAAGUCGUCAGACAAGACGGGGGCCACGUCAAGUGUACCCACGGUCGGUGGUAGAAAGUCAGGCACCAAGAGAACUGACCCUACGUCACAUGACAUUUCUUUGAAGCCGGCGACUCGGGUCAAGUGCGAGACCAAGUCCACUUGCAGAAAGGCAGCUGAGUCCAAGUCCAAUGACAUUGGCACGGAGCCCACCGCCCCUUCCUCUCAGGGCCAACUAGGUGAGGAGUCCACGUCGCAGUCCACAACCAGAAGCCGCAGUCCGAGAAGACGAGAGGAGCACUCCGAGGAGCUCGUCCGAGCACUGACGCGUUCGUCCGAGGACGGUGUCAUUGGAUCGAACGCAGUCCGAGAACUGUUCGACUUGCGAGUGCAGGUGGUGAAACUGAGGAAUGAUCGCCUCAUCGCUGUGAGAGAGCAAGCAAGGCAGGCUCGGGGGGAGCCACAGCUGGUUUUUCUGGAGAAGCAGCUCGACCAAAAGACACAGGAACUGGCCCUUGCGCACUGCAAAGCACAAGGCUGGCAGAAGGUAUCGGAGAAGUUGAAGGCCGAAACGCAAGAGAGCUUGACUGCUCUUUUGCAAGAGAAGGAGGACAUGAAGACCAAAUUGCAGGAGCAGGAGAAGUUGAAGGCCGAAGUGCAAGAGCGCUUGACUGCUAUUUUGCAAGAGAAGGAGGACAUGAAUAUCAAAUUGCAGGAGCAGUUGACAGCGACCUUGAAGGAGAAGGAGAAGUUAGGGGCCACCUUACAAGAGACUUUGGAGGUGCAGGUGGAGUUAGCGUCCGAGAUACAAGUUUUGGUUUCCUCUGAUUUGAAGAAGGAGAAGGUUGUGGCCGACUUAGAAGCACGUUUGACAACAACUUUGAAGGAGAAGGAUGAUGCCACGGCCAACUUGCAGGCGCGGUUGACGGCGACCUUGAAAGAGAUGGAGAGGGCGACAUCCGAGCUGCAAGAGCAGUUAACAACGACCUUGAAGGAGAAGGAGAAUCUGAAGGCGGAGCUGCAAGAACGGUUGACUGCUACCUUGAAAGAGAACGAGGAGGAGAAGGCCGAGAUACAGCAGCAGUUGAACAGAACCUUGAAACAGAAGGACGCCGUGGAGGCCAUCUUGCACGAGGAGUUGGAAAUCAGGAAGACGCGGAUUACCUAUGAUUUGGAGAGAGAGAAGUUAGUGUCCGAUUUACAAACACGGUUGGCAGCCGCUUUAAAGGAGCAGGAGGAGUUAGCGUCCGAGGUACAAGCCAGUUCGAAGAAGGAGAAGUCAGUGUCCCAGUUGCAAGCACAGCUGACUGCCGCCUUGAAGGAGAAGGAGGAGUUGAAGGCACAGUUGCAAGAGUGCGUUCCAUCACAUGUGGGUGGCUGUGGUGUAACGUGUCAAUAUGAAGAGCACGGUGCUUGGUUGUCCCUUCCUCCUGAAGGAAACCAUCAGAUGCUCCAGGCGUACACGGCCUAUCUUGGAGACUCCACAGCCCGCUUCGCAACCAUCCAGUCAGCUGGCAUUGCUCGCAAGGUUGACUUUGAGAGAAUGGAGCAACGUCGUUCGGACACCGGCAUGGUGCGUCAGAUUCGCAUCUUGCCGCUGGUGCCCCCGCAGUGGAUUACCACUGCAGCCUCGCUGCUGCAGCAAAGUGAGCAUGUUGAGUCAUUCAAAGUUGCAGUUGACGAUGAGAACAUCCUUCUGAAGAUGCAAGAAAUCCUUCGGUCGACCGCACAUGCGCAAGCGUGCAAUUGCAUUCGGAACGCCAAGGUGAUCUCAAUGCACCGCAUAGAGCACGGGCGACUAUGGCAUGGUUACAAGACACGGCUUGCAGCCCUUCGGCAGGAACACAAGAGCUUCAAUGUGUCGGUGGCGCCUGUGACGCUCAAUUCCCAUGGCGGCAGAAAUCUCAUGGUGAAUGAGCAAGACAUGUUCAAUUGUGGGGAGGCCCUUGCCACCGACGUGGAUGAGAAGGUCUUGUUUCAUGGCACCACAGGGCACAAGGCAGAUGCCAUCCUCGCCACAGGUUUCGACCCUCGCAUAUGCAAUCGUGGAAUGUAUGGCAAGGGGGUCUACUUUGGAUCAGAAGCUUGCAAGAGCCACCAAUACACUUGCAGGCACCACUCCAAGUCCUGCACAUGCAAGGGGGCCAGGACGCUCAUCAUUGCUCGCGUGGUGCUUGGUGAUGCCUGCGUUGUGACUGAAACCAGGUACAAUGAUCGUCGACCUCCAGAGCGGCUGGGCGGGAAGGGAACCUUCGGUUCCAUUGUAGUACAUCCUGGGCAAGUCCAAGGACAUCACAAUCAGUCUCAAUUUCACCAGGAGUUUGCAAUCUUCGACCGCGAGCAAGCCUACCCUUGCUACGUGGUGCAGUACAAGGUCUCCUGAUGAUGACUCAGACUAGUAGUAUGGCCAAAGAAUUCGCCAUGCGACCAUUUGGGAUCCAAUCCUUUUCCUUCAAGAGCACUUCAUUUUCGAUGUUCGCUAAGAAAAAGGCAGCCUGCAGAGUUGCAGAGCUGCAGAAGUACGGAUGGAGGUGACACCCCUUCGCGUUUGCGCAGCA